AUGGUAAAUGGACGCGAUUUUACUGGUAAAGUAGUGUUAGUGACGGGUUCGAGCUCCGGGAUCGGGGAGGGAAUUGUUAAGCUAUUCUCGGCUUUGGGGGCCAAUGUUGUGGUCACCGGACGUAAGGCAGACCAAGUGAAACGUGUUGCCCAAGAGGUGCAGGACUUGUCACCUAAAAAACUCAAGCCGUUAGCCGUUGUGGCCGAUGUAACCAAAAACGGCGACUUAAACAACUUGCUAAAUCAAACGAUAAAAACAUUUGGUAAAUUAGAUGUGUUGGUCAACAACGCUGGAGUCGGCAUGUUUUCGCACAUUAAGGACCCAAACUUUAUGAAAGUGUUCGACACUUUAAUACGGGUUAAUCUGAGGGCUUAUCUAAAGCUAACCCAUUUGGCGGUUCCUUAUUUAGAGGCAACGAAUGGCAGUAUUGUCAGUAUAUCCAGUAUCGUGGCGUUGGUUCCGAUGAAAUUGGGAACCGCUUAUUCAAUAUCCAAAGCCGGCGCCGAUAUUAUGACCAAAACACUGGCUCUCGAAUUGGGACCCAGAAUACGAGUCAAUGCUAUCAACCCCGGAAUGACCCAGACCAACUUUGAUGCCUCCGGUAAUAGCGGUGCGGAUCCAGCGCUCGUACAAAAGAUUGUAACUGAAAUGUUUGGUCGGGUGCCGCUGCAAAAGGUGGGCCAACCCCUCGAUGUGGCCAAUGGUGUGGCCUUUUUGGCCUCAAACGACGCCCAGUAUAUAACGGGCGCUAAUCUAGUGAUCGACGGCGGGAUUCUGUAUAACUCGGGAGGAAUUUUAUAAAUACAUUUUACAUUUAUAUUGAUAUGAAUCUCAUUAAACAUGAUUAUUUAUCAUAAACCGGUAAUUAUUUAAAUGCUUAUCAU